UAUUUCUUAUUAAUUUUGAAUAUGCUGAGCCAAACAAUGUACUUUUAUUACUUUUACAAUUAGAUCAACAGUUUCACACCGUACACAACACUCUGAACUCGAUGGUAAAUAACAAUAUAAUAUAAUAUAUUAUAUUACAAUAAUAUAGUAGUGUCACGUUGGUGUCUGAAGUGAAAUUAUAAUAACCACACGCGGGAUUCACAGGCUAAUGAGAUAGCUAUUAUGGACGACUCGGCAGAUAUUACAGUUUGCGACGGCACCACAUUCGACACUCGACCAAAACAACCAUAUCAACCGAUUGUUUGGCGCAAUGUUAUACUGUGCUCGUUGGUCCAUUUAGGUGCACUGUAUGGCGCCUACUUGGCGUUUGCUUCUGCAAAAAUUACUACGACUAUUUUCGCGAUCAGUUUGUAUCAAAUCACUGCGAUUGGCGUCACAGCUGGAUCGCAUAGACUUUGGUCGCAUCGGGCGUACAAAGCGAAAUGGCAAUUACGGUUAAUUAUUAUUACGCUCAAUACGAUAGCGUUUCAGAAUUCAGUUUACGAAUGGGCCCGCGAUCACAGGCUACACCACAAGUACACAGACACGAACGCCGACCCGCACAACUCGAAUAGAGGGCUGUUCUUCUCGCACGUCGGUUGGCUACUGUGCCGGAAACAUCCGGACGUCGUCGAGAAGGGUCGCACCAUCGACACCAGCGAUUUGUUGGCCGAUCCGAUCGUGGCGUACCAAAAAAAAUACUUUUGGUUCCUGAUAACGUGGGCAUGUUUCAUUGUACCCACACUUAUACCAGUGUACUGUUGGGGAGAAACAUGGAGCAAUUCUUGGUACGUGGCCGUUUUGUUGCGGUACGCGCUCACACUCAACGGAAUCUGGUUGAUCAACAGCGCCGCGCACGCGUGGGGAGGAAAACCGUACGACAGGUACAUCAACCCGACGGAAAAUCUUGCGGUGGCCGUCAUGUCGGUGGGCGAGGGCUGGCAUAACUACCACCACGUGUUCCCGUGGGAUUACAAGGCGGCGGAACUGGGCAAUUACAAGUUCAAUUUCACCACCGCGUUCAUCGACCUGUUUGCUAAAAUCGGAUGGGCGUAUGACCUGAAGACCGCGUCGACGGAGUUAGUACGUAAACGGACAUCGCGUACCGGCGUGAUCGAGUCCCCGGAUAAUUCGGUGCCACUGCCGUGGGGCUGGGACGACAAAGACUGCCCUCAGUCGGAUCGCAUGGAGGUUACGAUCGUAAACAGAAAGAAGGGUUGAUCAAUUUAUCUAUAUAAUAUGAUAUUAUGAUCGCACGACUGUGUGUCUGUACAAAAGAAGAUAAUAAUAUGUAUGAAACGAAUAUAUUUUAAAAACUUUACUUUGAGAUCUAUACAAUUUAAGAAUUAUGUAUAAAAUGUACA